GUGACUCUGUAAAAGCACAGCAGAGUUAGACUUGGGAAUUCUUAAAGCAUGUUGAUAUUAUUAAGUGUUUAAACGCUAUUUGGCUACAGUCUGCUGGUACAACAGCGCUGUUUAUGACUGGUUUAAAGUGUUGGAUUGGUGAAAAAGAUGACAGCCAAUGAAGACCAGGAGAUGGAGUUGGAGGCUCUGCGCUCUAUCUAUGAAGGAGAUGACUGCUUUAAGGAGCUCAGCCCUGUUUCUUUUCAGUUCAGGAUAGGAGAUCUUGAUGACUCCAGAUCCUUCCUGCUAGAAGUGUCCUGGGCAGAAAACUAUCCUGAAACUGCCCCGCACAUAUCGUUAGAUUCUUUUUUCAACAACAGAAUAUCCCUGGAGACAAAGCAGUACAUUCUCUCGAAAUUGAGUGAACAGGUAGAGACCAACCUGGGUACUGCCAUGAUGUACACGCUCUUUGAGUGGGCUAAAGAGAACCAGGAAACACUCAUGGAAAACCACCAGCCUGUGACAUCUGCUGUGACCCUGAUAUCCAACAGCGAUGUCAUGAAUAAUUCCACCACUGCCAGUAAGAAGAAGGAAAAGAAAGAGCAACUAACCAAAGCACAGAAGAGGAAACUGAUUGGAAGAACAGAUAAUAAGGGUGAACUGCCAAGAGGUUGGGACUGGGUAGAUGUUAUUAAGCUGAGCAAAACUGGAGGAAAAUGUGAAGAUUAAACAAAUGAGAAAAAACAAUGGAUUGAAAUGUAUGGAUGAA